CCUGUGUCAUGACAUGUACCGUUGAUGUUUCAACUUCCAGUCGCCGUGCAUCUUCCUAAACUCCAACUUUAGCUAACCUGCCGUUUGACUGCGGAGUUGAAUAAGUCAGAGAGAUGUCUUCAGCACAGACAUUUUCAGACCCACACCAGCACAAGCGUGUAUCUUCUCAGUCCAACCCUGGAUUCCUGGAGCGAUUGAGUGAGACUGCAGGAGGAACAGUUGUUGGUAUCGGACUCUUUUUCCUCUCAUUCUAUGUUCUCUUCACCAAUGAGGGACGGGCUCUGCAAACAACAUCUUCCCUGAAUGAGGGUCUUUCUCAGGUUGUGUCGUUGGAGCCUUUCUCCAGCCUUGACCUGCAGAACAACAACCGCUUAGUUCAUCUGUCUGCACAGCUGCGCACUGCACAGCCCCUCCAUGACCCCAAUUACAGAGUGGUGGUGCAAGCAGUGAAGCUGAAGAGGCAGGUGGAGAUGUAUCAGUGGGUGGAGUACCGGGAAAGCAAGGACUACCAAGAGAAUGGUGAGACCAAAACUGAGACGACGUACAACUACAACACAGAGUGGAAAUCAGAGUUGGUUAACAGCCGGAAUUUUGACAAGGAAAUCGGUCACCAGAACCCAAGUGCCAUGGCAGUUGAGAGUGUGACAGUCGUGGCUCCUGAAGUCAGAGUCGGACCUUUCAGUCUGUCUAAAGGUCUGGUGGAGCAGAUAAAUAACUUCCAGACGUUGAGUCUGAGGGAUUUUUCUGCCUUCAACUUGGAUCCUUUUCUCAGCAUCGAUGACGAUUAUUUCUAUCACACCCAAAACCCACGGAGGCCGGAGGUAGGAGAUGUGCGUGUAAGAUUCUCCUUCGCUGGACUGAGCGCCGAGACGUCUCCCUUUGGCCCAGCUCAAACUGUCAGUGUUGUGGCCAAGCAGAACGGGGAUCAGCUGAAGGCUUUUAAAACCAAGUCAGGAGACACUCUGGAGAUCCUGUACCUGGAGGAGCUCUCUGCACAGGAGGUUUUUGAGAAGGAGCACCAGUACAACAGUAUGAAGACGUGGGGCCUCAGGGCUGCAGGCUGGCUCCUCAUGUUCCUCAGUAUUCAACUGACCAUGCGCAUCAUCUACACACUGGUGGACUGGGUCCCUCUCCUCAGAGACCUCGUGUCUUUCGGGCUGAAGAUCUUCGCCCUGUGCGUCUCCUGCUCUCUCUCCCUUCUCACCAUCGGAGUAGGUUGGCUCUUUUACAGACCGCUGGUGACUGCGGCUCUGGCAGCACUCGCUCUGGUCCCUGUGUUUCUGGCCCGCUCAAGGCUUCCAAGCAAGAAGAAUGAGUGACUAUUAAACUGAGGAAUAUCACAGCAGUAUCUGAUGACAGCCGAGACUCGCUGUAUAUCAGAGGAAUCAGACAGCACUGCGUAGUCGUUUUUUCCACUGCAGGGUCACAAACCACAAAGGACUCACUUUCCUGGGUUAAACAGAUGGUGGUAAAUGUGUUUUGUUCCAAUGAGUACUUUGAUAGGUUUAUUCCAAAAUCAAUCUGAGUUGAAGGGGCUUAAAAAUAAUAUUUUACUUAGUGGGCAUCAGUCUGUCAUUUUGGAGUGUAUUAAUCUAACGUCAAUGCCUGCUCAUGUCAUCCCAUCAGACACAAGGAAGCUGUUGUUGUCUUCAGGCUGCAGGUGUCAGAUGUAUCCUUAAAGUUCAUCCACCAUGAUAAUCCUCGCUGCCUCACAUCCUCAUCUUGAUAUUUGUUGCUCACAAUGAGCAACUUAAGAUUACUGUAGUGUCUGUUUUACUUUAUUGUUUAAAACUUGUUGCUCCCUCCACAAAACAUACUCAGAUGCCAGUUUAUUAGGUACACCUAACUAAUGCAGUCUAAUGUAACAGCCCUACUGUAAAUUCUACCCUCAUAAAGCUUAUAAUGUUAUAGAGAAGUGUUAAUUCAGUGUUAUGGUCAUUUUGGAGGCCUGUUGAACUACAUUCUUUAGUCUACACUCACUGAUGUAAAUGAGGUGGAGAAAAUAUUUGUUUCAAGAAAAAAUGAACAUUAUAAACUUCAUGAGAGGAUGUAUUGCAAGGGUGCUAAUCAGACUGCAUUAGUUUUAGCUAGGUGUACCUAAUAAACUGGCAAAUGAACUGAGUAUGUUCUGAAUGUAAAACACAAGUCAUCUUCACAUUUUGCAUCACAUUUUCUCCUUAUCUGCAACACUUGAAGAAACUGUGUGUCAUAUUUUCAUAAUUUACAUUGCUGGUGUCACCUGAACAACUUGAGGUGAAGUGUUAACAUUUACAAAUAAUCAGUUUUCACAUGGGAAAUGAUGAAUGUCGGUGCCAAUUUUGGUAAAAUACCAAAGAGCAGAAUUUUGUUGUUUUGUGUGUUUGCAUGUAUCUUAAAUAAAGCACUUGUUUUGUUUCCUGUUGGGGUGGGAGUUAAGAUGGCCUGGAAGAAGGGUUGCAGCGGAUGCCAAGUGCAUUUGCUUAUCCACGGUAUUGGAAAAGAAGAUGCAGUCGGAUGGAGAAUCCCACCUGUGUGAGUUCAUAGCUCCUGUCCUCCUCGACUGCCUGUCAGCUUUUUACACACACUUCCAUUAAAAGUGGUUUCAAGUUUUCAAUAAUAAAGCAUUUGGUCAACCAAAAAAAA